AUGUCAAUAUCUCUGCAUUCAUUCAUGCUCACCCCCUUCUACCCACAUCUGUCCUUUGCUUCUUUCCCCGAUCAGGAUGAACUCCUAACGACCAUUCUCUCAGUGGUCGCUGAACGUGCCUCAACUCCCCAAGACUUUCUCUCCUGUCGCCUCGCUUCGUCCUACCUUCGCCGCAUCUCGCUCCUCCCGGAAAUCCUCGCCGUGUUACCACCUCCCGCUCUAGCUUGUCCAGCGAAAAACUACACGCUCGCCUAUCGCUCGUUCCUCUCAGCAUGCGCAGCGGCGGGAAACGCGGAGGCUGCGUUUCUCCUCGGCAUGGUUGAGUUUUAUUGCUUGGAGCGAGUGGCGAGCGGCAUGAAGCGGCUUGUGCAGGCAGCAAAGACAGGCCACGCAGCCGCGUUACACAGCCUGUCAGUCAUCCAUUUCAACGGUAGCGGAUUGCCUGCAAGCGGAGCGGAGGGAAGUGGUGCAGCGGAGGGAGGUGGCGCAGCGGAGGGGGACUCAGGAAGGCGGAAGCCGCGGGGGAACCGGAAGGUCGGGAUGGGGAUGUUGCUGUGUGUGGCGGCGGCUAAAGCGGGUCACCCAGAUGCGCUGCGGGAAUUAGGGCUGUGUUUGCAGGAUGGAUUUGGAAUCAAGCGGAGUGUCGCCCAGGGGAGGCUGCUUCUGGUGGAGGCGAACCUGCGGGAGCUGGCUAAUAGCGGGGAUAAAAUGGCGGCAGCAAUGGGUGGGGUCUCAUGUUCCGGGAUUGUGAGAAAGAAACAGGAGCGAACUCUACUAGAGAACAAUACUCAAGUCCCAGUUGGCGAUAGGGACUCUGAUUGUGGAGAAGCAGAAGUAGCAAGAACGCUGGGAAGUUCUAACCUUCAAGGAUGCGCUAAGCACCAAGGCGCGAACCUGUCACUCGGAACAGAUGCAGCAGCCAUGGAAACCCUACUUCAGCAUACCUCUUGCCUGCUGUCAAAAGCUGGCCGUGCGACUGCAAGACGUGUGACUGUAGCGGAAGGAGAGAAGCAGGAGGCGCUGGGAAUUACUGAUGAGGAGAGGCUGCUAGCUCGAGCCGUCUUGGCAGAUGGCGGAAUCUUCGGCUGCUGCACGCGCGAAGAGAAAAGCGUCUCGUUGGAGCCUCCGCCGAUUCCGCCUGCAAAUCAGUUUCUCGUGGAAUGGAUGGCAUUGCAUGGACAGCGGUUUCAAGACAGCGGGAGGCAUGUGUGCGGUAACGCACGGUGUGGAAGGGUUGAAUUGCGAAAAGGAGAUGCGUCGCUCACUGUCCCCAUGUCUCACGAUCCAAGGUACCCUUACGGAUAUCCACCUCCAGCCGGCUACCCAUCACCAGCCGGCUACCCGCCAGCACCGUACCCUCCCGCGCCCGGCUAUCCACCCCCUCCGGCCGGCUGCCCGCCUCCUCCCGCCGGUUAUCCGCCUCCCCCGGGCUACUACCCUCCGCCGCCGGCAGGCUACUAUCCGCCACCCCCGCACUACCAUCAUGGCGCGGUGGCUCAUCACAGCCUCGGCCAUGCCUUGGCGCAUGGCGUAGCUCACACGAUGCACCUCUUUGGAAAGAGGAAGCACAAAGGUCAUUUCGGAUGGGGGAAGCACAAGGGGUACCACCACCACCAUCACCACCAUGGUCACCACGGACAUCAUUACGGAAAGUGGAAGUAA